AAACAGGCCCCAACCCCAGUUGGCCUUUCACAAUUCUUGUUCUCCUCAUCUCAUUUAGCCGAUCGAUAUCAAUAUUCUCUCGGUUUCUCCGCAAUUCUUCAAGAUGCAAAUCUUUGUCAAGACCCUAACUGGAAAGACAAUCACCCUUGAGGUAGAGAGCUCAGACACAAUUGAUAAUGUCAAGGCCAAGAUCCAAGACAAGGAGGGUAUUCCCCCAGACCAGCAGAGGUUGAUCUUUGCUGGUAAGCAGCUAGAGGAUGGCCGCACCCUGGCUGACUACAACAUCCAAAAGGAGUCCACCCUCCACCUCGUCUUGCGUCUCCGUGGUGGUAUGCAAAUCUUUGUCAAGACCCUCACAGGGAAGACGAUCACCCUUGAGGUUGAGAGCUCUGACACAAUUGAUAACGUGAAGGCCAAGAUCCAGGACAAGGAGGGAAUCCCACCAGACCAGCAAAGGUUGAUCUUUGCCGGCAAGCAGCUUGAAGAUGGCCGCACCCUUGCUGACUACAACAUCCAAAAGGAGUCCACCCUCCACCUUGUCUUGCGUCUCCGUGGUGGUAUGCAGAUUUUUGUCAAGACCCUCACGGGAAAGACAAUCACCCUUGAGGUUGAGAGCUCUGACACCAUUGAUAAUGUAAAGGCCAAGAUCCAAGACAAGGAGGGUAUCCCACCGGACCAGCAGAGGUUGAUCUUUGCUGGGAAGCAGCUCGAAGAUGGUCGCACCCUUGCUGACUACAACAUUCAAAAGGAGUCCACCCUCCACCUUGUCUUGCGUCUCCGUGGUGGCAUGCAGAUAUUCGUCAAGACACUCACAGGGAAGACCAUCACCCUCGAGGUGGAGAGCUCUGAUACAAUUGAUAAUGUCAAAGCUAAAAUCCAAGACAAGGAGGGCAUCCCACCGGACCAGCAAAGGCUGAUCUUUGCAGGAAAGCAGCUGGAAGACGGACGCACCUUGGCCGAUUACAACAUUCAGAAAGAGUCCACCCUUCACCUUGUCCUCCGUCUCAGGGGAGGCAUGCAGAUUUUUGUCAAGACAUUGACAGGGAAGACCAUAACCCUGGAGGUGGAGAGCUCGGAUACAAUUGACAAUGUCAAAGCCAAGAUUCAGGACAAGGAGGGGAUACCACCGGACCAGCAGAGAUUGAUUUUUGCCGGGAAGCAGUUGGAAGAUGGAAGGACCCUUGCUGACUACAACAUUCAGAAGGAGUCCACCCUUCACCUGGUCCUCCGUCUCCGUGGUGGAUUCUAAGUGGAUGGACGAAUGCAUUGCUGCUGUUGGGUGUCUUGUGUUGUUUCGUAAUGUUUGUUAAAUGUGUUUGGGUCCUGGUUUGGCCCUUCAAAUAAAACCUGGUUUCUUAUGUCUGUAUUGAACAAGUAUUUUUUUCAGUGUUUUGAUAGGUUGUGUUGGUGUUGAUGUUCAUUCAUGUUUUACUAAAAGUGGGCGGUUAAUGAAACCGUAAUGAUUGU